AUGGUGAUGGAGCUCUGUCAGGGAGGAGAACUCGUGUCUUUCUUACUGGAGCAGGGCACACACUCCGAAGCUCAGGCAGUGUUGGUGAUGCGACAGGUCUUCCGGGCUGUGGAGUAUCUCCACAGCCAUGCCAUCUGCCACAGGGAUCUGAAACCGGAGAAUUUGCUCCUACUUACUCGGAGGCCCAUUAAGGACAAUGUCCUGAAGGUGACGGACUUCGGAUUGUCAGCACUUUGCCCGCCUGGCUCUGAGCUCCGAGGCAUGAUGGGCACGCUGCCGUACAUGGCACCUCAGGUUUGCAGUGGCCGCUACGAUCUCUCGGCAGACCUUUGGAGUUGUGGAGUUUUGACGUACCUCCUGCUUUCUGGAUACCCCCCAUUCUGGCACGAACAGGACCUGCCGCGGACCACGAGCGCCAUCAAGCGAGGCAACUUUGCGUUCCCCAGCCAGGAUUGGUCAAUGAUCUCCCAAGAUGGCAAGGCAAUAGUCCGUGAGCUUCUGAAAAUGAAUCCCUCGGAACGCAUGACAGCACGCAGCGCUUGCCGGCAUUCCUGGCUGACCGGAACGCCCCCGACUGGCGUUCUAGAUGACUCACUGCACCGCCUGCGCCGCUUCAUGAAGCAAAUGAUUGCCACGCAGGUCGUGUCGGAGGACCCUUUGCUGGGCAAGGCGCAGCCGCAGACCACGCUUGAGGCCUUCUUCUCGGCCAUCCGUGCUCCACUGGCCAAUGCCAUUUGUACGUGCUCUUCUGAUGCCUGCUCGGGUUCAUCCCAGUACGAGGUGCAUUAUGUCCGCCCUGAGAAGCUGGGAGACAGCCUUUACACCAUCGGAAUGAGAGUCCACUACCAGUCAAUGACGCACCGAGCUUGGCUUCCAACAGUGGUGGUGGACGUCAAUGAUGCUGGCGUGCCUCAGCACAAGAGCAAAGGCCAGCUAGGCCCUUUUUACAUGCUUGUUUCGACGAGUCUCCAGGAUGUGGAGAUUGAGAUCAAGCCGAGAGUAUGUGCUGACCUUGCCGGAAUUUCAGCGGGAUACAAGCCAUCACCUGCCGAUGAGAACGAGCAACAUGCAAACAUGGCAAAGCUGUCACACCCAGACGCUGGGGGAAGCAAAGAGGACUUCCAGCGGCUUCGAGGCGCUUACGCGCUCUUGCGGAAAGCUCUUCUUCGCGGAGGACUGCGAGAAGCAGAAGAUGAUCGGAGACAAGCUGAAGCCCGUUGGGAGCAGUGGGAAAGCCAGGUGGAGCAAGGGCAAGAGCUCGCCAAGGAGGGUGAUGUCGUGUUCUGGCGGCCCGGCCGUGGCGAUGAGUGGUCUGCAGCACUAGUGCUGGCUGUGCAGGUUGUGUACGAGCCCUCCAGUGGACCGCAUGGUUGGAUAUACCUUCAACCCCUUCUGCCACGGCACGGGGAAUUAUUUGAUGCAGAUGCAGAUGCCGAAAUGGAGCAGGUUGAGCCAGUCAGCCUUGACGGCGUCAACUGGGCUUUCGCAAGAAGCGUGGAGGAAAUUGGUGACGGAGUUUGGCGGCUGGCACCGCCUGAGUAUCUACCGCCAUAG